AUGGCAGCGCAAAUCGACGACAUACCCAGUCCCAAUAACGAGGCCUCUCCGGUUUCGAGUAGCCAAUCUAUCACACCAGAGGCUCCAAAACCAAGCUCCAGUCACCGAGGAUGGCGGUUCUGGGCUAUUGUCAUAAGCUUGGCCGCCACAGCGUUCUUGAGCUCUCUUGAAGGAGCAAUCAUUUCUACUGCCCUUCCUUCUAUCUCACGAGCGGUCAACGCCCAAGAAGACUACAUUUGGAUCGUCAACGUUUACUUCUUGACAAGAAAUGAAGCUGACCAGCCCGAGAAUAGUGCAGCAUUCCAGCCUCUAUACGGCCAGGUAGCCGACAUUUGGGGCAGAAGAUUGCCUAUGACAGCGUCACUAGCCAUAUUUACUGUAGGAUCCGGAGUCUGUGGUGGCGCCAACUGGAGCAGCGUCCUUAUCGGCGGCCGCGCUGUGCAAGGACUUGGUGCAGCCGGAAUCAACGUGCUCGUAGAAAUCAUUUUGUGCGACCUCCUUCCAUUGCGGGAGCGCGGACAGUUUAUGGGGAUGCUUUUUCUUUUCAUUAUUCUGGGUUCUGUGCUUGGGCCCUUUUUAGGUGGCUUGAUGGUGGACCGCUUGUCAUGGCGAUGGGUUUUCUACCUGAACUUACCAAUCAGUGGAGUGUGUCUGGUAUUGUUAUUCCUCGUUCUCAAAGGUAAACCCGCAAAGGGAAACGAGUCAAAAACAUUCGACAAGCUCAAGGAGGUCGAUGUUAUCGGCCUGUUAAUUAUCUGCGCAUCAGUCACAUCACUCCUCUACGCCUUGACAUAUGGCGGUGGUGCGCGAUAUCCCUGGUCUAGCCCUGUCAUAAUUGCAACCCUCAUAUUGGGCUUUCUGGGUCUUGGGCUGUUCUUCGCCUACCAAGAAUCACCAUGGUGUUCUCAUCCAGCACUUCCGAAAUCCCUUUUCCAGAACCGGACAUCUCUGGGUGGUUACAUGGCAACGUUCGCGCAGAUUAUGGUAUCCUUCGGAACGCUCUACUUUCUUCCGGUCUACUUCCAAUCCACUCAGCUCGUAUCCACUUCAAGAUCCGGAGUACAGCUACUUCCCUUUUCGGCCGUUUAUUGUGUCGCAGCACUCGCUGGUGGUAUCAUAGUCUCUAAGCUCGGCAAGUUUCGCAAUGUUCAUGUGGUCAGUUUUGCGUUGCAGACUGUGGCCAUGGGAACAUUUUCACUGCUUGAUCGAAAAACAUCCAUGGCGACAUGGGUAACGCUGAGCCUUCUUGCUGGCAUCGGUCUUGGACUUCCUAACCCGUCUUUGUUAACGGCUAUCCAAGCCGAGUUAUCCGACUCUCUCAACGCCAAGAGCACGAGUGCAUUUGCAUUUGUGAGGAGCAUCUCUACGGUAUUUGCCGUGACCAUUCCUGCCGCAGUCUUAAACAGCCGUUUUGAUCAGCUCCUCUCAGUUCCUGGCGCCGUCUCUGACCCUUCCGCGGAGGCGGCCUUGGCACACGGUCAGGCAUACGAGAGAGCAUCGCGAGACUUCGUUCAAUCAUUUCCUCCUCCAGUUCAAGACCACAUUAUUUCCCUAUACGAAGAGAGCUUGAAGCAGGUGUGGUAUGUUUUGACUGCUUUUGCGAUUGUCGGGUUUCUUGCCUCGCUUGUUGAGAAAAACCUUGAAGCACGUUCGGAGCAAACAUCGGAAGACUUUGGCCUACAGCAGCGGGUACAAACAGAGUCUUAG